AUGGAUCGUCGACGUUUUUUAACCAUUGGGGAAAUAGAAUCCUACAUAAAUACUUCGAGCAGUGAGGAUGAAGGUAUUCCACCAGCAGAUGUUGAUGCUGUAAGUGACGAAGAACUUAUUGACGAUAAUGAGAUGAUAACAGAGGUACCAGCUAUGACGGAUGUUUGUGGAGAGUUGGAGGUCGAACAUGAAUCAGAUGUGGAAGAUUUUGCGUCGCCGCCGCCAUGCUCUGUUGGAAUACUUGAUGAUGGACCAUCCUGUUCUGCACAAACAACUAGGUACACAGCAGAAAAAGAUGUCGGUGGCAAAACACCAUUUGAAUUGUUUCUGCAGUUCUUUGGCGAAGAAAUAAUGGAAAUGCUGGUCGUGAAUAGAAAUAUGUAUGCUCACCAAAAUAAUAUCGGAGUGGAUAUUAGCAAACAACAGAUAUAUCGUUUCAUCAGAAUUUUGAUACUAAGUGGUUAUCAUAAAGUACCUCACGUUGAACAUUAUUGGAGUACACAGCAAACACUUGGUAUACCUAUAGUACAGCAAGCUUUAUCACGUAAUAGCUUCCAGUUGAUCAAAAGAAUAUUUCAUCUAAUGGACAAUUAUGGCAUUGAUGCCACAGACAGAUUUGCUAAAGUUCGUCCACUUAUUGAUGCACUGAAUCCACACAACAACAACAACAACAAUAUUGAACUCAGUGAAAUGGGUCUUUUAACAACAGGCACAUCAUCAUGCAUGCCAGCCGUGCGCUUAACAGCAAGCGAAAGCAGAGAAAGCCGUCAAGCAGUGAGUGAUUCCAUACCGCCUGCAAAUGGGACUAUCAGCGAAGUGACGCCAGAUGACACGGUGUAA